AAAAACUGGGCAGGUUUGACUGGCAAAGGCUAAGGCAGAGAGACACCUGUAAGACUACCCUGAGAGACAUAACCAACACUCACCUGCACAGACAUGGAUGAAGAUAUUGCUGCCCUGGUUGUUGACAACGGCUCCGGCAUGUGCAAAGCUGGUUUCGCCGGAGAUGAUGCCCCCCGUGCCGUCUUCCCCUCCAUCGUUGGUCGCCCCAGACACCAGGGUGUGAUGGUGGGAAUGGGACAGAAGGACAGCUACGUGGGAGACGAGGCACAGAGCAAGAGAGGCAUCCUGACCCUGAAGUACCCCAUCGAGCACGGCAUCGUCACCAACUGGGACGACAUGGAGAAGAUCUGGCAUCACACCUUCUACAACGAGCUCCGUGUUGCACCUGAGGAGCAUCCGGUCCUGCUGACCGAAGCUCCACUCAACCCCAAGGCCAACAGGGAGAAGAUGACACAGAUCAUGUUCGAGACCUUCAACACUCCUGCCAUGUACGUGGCCAUCCAGGCCGUCCUGUCGCUGUACGCCUCCGGUCGUACCACAGGUAUUGUGAUGGACUCUGGAGACGGUGUCAGCCACACUGUGCCCAUCUACGAGGGUUACGCCCUGCCCCACGCCAUCCUCCGUCUGGAUCUGGCUGGCAGAGAUCUGACUGACUAUCUGAUGAAGAUCCUCACAGAGAGGGGCUACAGCUUCACCACCACCGCUGAGCGUGAAAUCGUGCGUGACAUUAAGGAGAAGCUGUGCUAUGUGGCUCUGGACUUCGAGCAGGAGAUGGCAACAGCAGCUUCCUCUUCCUCUCUGGAGAAGAGCUAUGAGCUUCCUGAUGGACAGGUCAUCACCAUCGGCAACGAGAGGUUCCGCUGCCCCGAGGCGCUCUUCCAGCCUUCAUUCCUUGGAAUGGAGUCUUGUGGCAUCCAUGAGACAACCUACAACAGCAUCAUGAAGUGUGAUGUGGACAUCCGUAAGGACCUGUAUGCCAACACUGUGCUGUCAGGUGGCACCACCAUGUACCCUGGCAUUGCUGACCGCAUGCAAAAGGAGAUCACUGCCCUCGCCCCACCUACCAUGAAAAUCAAGAUCACUGCCCUUGCCCCACCUACCAUGAAAAUCAAGAUCAUCGCUCCUCCAGAGAGGAAGUACUCCGUCUGGAUCGGUGGCUCCAUCCUGGCCUCCCUCUCCACCUUCCAGCAGAUGUGGAUCAGCAAGCAGGAGUACGACGAGUCCGGCCCCUCCCUGGAGAAGAGCUAUGAGCUUCCUGAUGGACAGGUCAUCACCAUCGGCAACGAGAGGUUCCGCUGCCCCGAGGCGCUCUUCCAGCCUUCAUUCCUUGGAAUGGAGUCUGCUGGCAUCCAUGAGACAACCUACAACAGCAUCAUGAAGUGCGACGUGGACAUCCGUAAGGACCUGUAUGCCAACACUGUGCUGUCCGGUGGCACCACAAUGUUCCCUGGCAUUGCUGACCGCAUGCAGAAGGAGAUCACUGCCCUUGCCCCACCUACCAUGAAAAUCAAAAUCAUCGCUCCUCCAGAGAGGAAGUACUCAGUCUGGAUCGGCGGCUCCAUCCUGGCCUCCCUCUCCACCUUCCAGCAGAUGUGGAUCAGCAAGCAGGAGUACGACGAGUCCGGCCCCUCCAUCGUCCACCGCAAGUGCUUCUAGAAAGAUCCACUUCCUCCUCCUCUGCCCCGGCGGGGAAGAUUUCAACUGUUUCAUCUAACAACAGCAGUCUCUGGUGUAUUUUGUAUAAACUUGUUUUAGAAAAUGAUAAAUUGAACACACAAGCUGAAUCGAGAGACUUAAAAAAAAAAAAGUCUCAGCUCUUUCUCCUCAGUUUUUGUGUUUAUUUCACUCUAUCAGAGUCUAAACUGUAUCAAUACUCCACAGGAGUGUUAACUUAUCAAUAAAGUGCCAAGAUUUGAUGUCUA